GGUUGCUCAAGGGUUAAAAACAUCCCCCUCUCUCAUUCCUUAGUAGGCUACUGUCGUUUUGUUUUGUACUAAGACAUUUGAUGAGAAAAAAUCACUCUCUCAAGUAUAUCUGUUUUAAUAUAUGUGGUAAUAUGUGACAGUUAUGAAUAGGUGAUAUUUCGAAUAGCAUUUAUUAUAGACGUCCACCUGAUCAACUGCACUAUUUACGCUUUCCUCCUGACGCAGCACUGGCUUCCUUUGUCACUUCGACUUCCGUUUUCACGUGCAGUCAACUGAGAAGAAGAGAUGUUUUGCUCAUGAAAAUUUAGGGUUCAGGCAAGGAGUUGUAUCGUUUACAACGUUUGGAACAGUCAGCCGCCUGCUUCGAUUUGCUUAGACUUCAAAUAAAACGAGCAAACCCGACUCCUUUGUGUGCAAGAUGUUGCACGCUAGCUGACCUUAUCAGAAGUUGUUUGCUAAUAUUUGCUAGCUUGUUUUGUAGCUAACAAACUGCUCAAAGGCGAAGUGUGGAUUCAUUUGAUGUUCACCUGGACACUUAUGUUACCGGUCAUCUGAUCAGUUAUUUCAUCAGUGAGAAGCAUACGGUGUGAUUUUACAGGUAGUGUGGGUCUCCGUCAAAUUUAGACGAUAUAGUUGGAUAGUUAGCUAAUUAGCAUUUGACAGCUGGUUGGCUGUCUCACUGUUUCUCGUUGGUCAGUGACAGGUAGGUGUGGAAGAAAGUGGGUGUUACAUUAGCUAAGGUAGUUGGCAUCAGACCUAGCCAACAUUGACUCGUCGGACUGAAGGAUUCCUACCUUGAUUUGUGUGCUAAACCAACAUGUUUCGAUACCUGGGUGAUGCUGAAGAAAGCCCCUUCAUGAUGGAUCCGUUCUCAGCACAUAGGCAGCAGAUGAGAACCCUGUUUGAUCCAUUCGGUUUUGAGCCUUUUCCCCUCGCUACCCAGAUGCAUCAGCCGCGAAGACCUAUCCAGCCCCAGGCAACAGCUCUUGCCCCCUUCGGAAUGAUGGGGAUGGGUGGAGGCUUCAUGGACAUGUUUGACAUGAUGGGUGGCAUGAUGGAGAAUAUGGUAGAUGAGAGGAUGUCUGGUUCCCCGAACUGCCAGACCUUCUCGUCUUCCACAGUGAUCUCCUACUCCUCACUGGACCAGGGAGCCCCCAAAGUCUUCCAGCAAACCAGUGAAGUCAGAACUGCACCAGGGGGAAUCCGUGAGACACGUCAGUCGAUGCGGGACAGUGAGAGUGGGUUGGAGCGCAUGGCUAUUGGCCACCACAUUGGGGAGCGAGCACACCUGAUGGAACGCUCCCGAAACCGACGCACAGGCGAUCGCGAGGAGCGGCAGGACUACAUCAACCUGGACGAGAGUGAGUCAUGGCAGAGUAACAGAGUACAAGAGGGGAUUAGAGUGGAAGGUGCUUCACCUGAAUCAGAUUUGAUUUGCCCAAGUGAUGCAGCGGCGUUUGAUGAGGAGUGGAGGAGAGGAGUGGGACGCUAUGCACCCCCCGGCACCCGCAGCAUUGACUACGGGCGAGACAGGAGGGCUGGAGCUGGCCAACAGCUGGCCCUUACUGCCCCCCCAAGCUCUGCCUCGCCGCCUGCUCCCCGACACGAGUCCCCACGCCACCACCACCACCACCACCAGCGGCCCCAAUCACGCCCCCGUUAUGACUGGUGAAAGGUUGUGUUUGAAGAAGUCCUUGGAGCUGUGAAAAGAGAGGGGAGAGUAGUAGAGUGAACUAGAUGACUGUUCCAUAGAUUUGAUUUAACUGGACUGUCUGUAAAUAUAAAUAUAACUUCAUAUGCCCAUUCACCAGCUUGGAUCCAUACAUACACUUAGGGUUGGACAACAACAACAACAACAUGGCUUUCUAACAACACACACACACACACAUACACCCACAUAUGCAGAGAAACUGUACAUAACCUCCUAAUAGCACACAAAUCCUAUAGAUGAAUACCCAACAACACACUACUCUACACACACACAUUCACACACACACCUACACCUGCUGUACAGUCCUUAUAUGUUUAUGUAGACACUAGAGUCUGUGGUUUGAAUUGUACGCUGUUGUCUAAUGAAACUGAAGUAUUGAUAAGCAUUCAUUAAAACUUGUAAGGUAA